GCUCGCACGGUGCUCUGAGCUCUGGGGCUGCCUUCACCCCUGUGGCCCAGCUGGGGCCCUGCUCCCCGCCAGAGAGACGUGGGGUCCCAGUGGUCUGGUCGGGCUCUGAGGCCGCCCUGCCGAGCGCUCACUCUCUGUCCCCUCCCUUCAGACAGUCACGCGGAGGGCCAAGGUGGCUCCCGCUGAGAGGAUGAGCAAGUUCCUGAGGCACUUCACCGUCGUUGGGGAUGACUACCAAGCCUGGAACAUCAACUACAAGAAAUGGGAGAAUGAAGAGGAGGAGGAGGAGGAGGAGGGGGGCGGCGGAGAGGAGGAGCAGCCGCCGCCGCCGCCGCCACCAGCCUCAGAGGAGGAGGGCAGAGCUGCUGACCCAACUUCGGACCCCGUCUCCACACCCAGGCGCCCUCUAGACUUCAGGACCAGGUUGAAGAAGCUCUUCAGCUCUCACAGGUUUCAGGUCAUCAUCAUUUGCCUGGUUGUGCUGGAUGCCCUCCUGGUGCUGGCCGAGCUCAUCCUGGACCUGAAGAUCAUCCAGCCGGACAAGAACAACUACGCCGGCAGGGUGUUCCACUUCAUGAGCAUUGCCAUCUUGACCUUCUUUAUGGUAGAGGUUUUCUUUAAAAUAUUUGUUUUCCGCUUGGAGUUCUUCCACCACAAGUUUGAAAUCCUGGACUCCGUUGUCGUCGUGGUUUCAUUUGUCCUCGACAUCGUCCUCCUGUUCCAGGAGCAUGAGUUUGAGGCUCUUGGCCUGUUGAUUCUGCUCCGGCUGUGGCGGGUGGCCCGGAUCAUCAACGGAAUAAUUAUCUCGGUUAAGACACGUUCAGAACGGCAACUGUUGAAGUUAAAACAGAUAAAUAUGCAGUUGGCUGCCAAGAUCCAGCACCUUGAGUUCAGCUGCUCUGAGAAGGAACAAGAAAUUGAAAGACUUAACAAGCUACUGAGACAGCACGGACUUCUGGGGGAGGUGAACUAGAGGCGUCCCUGCUCCACUCCAAAGACACCGCCUCCCGGGCUGUGGCUGUGAAUGAGAACCACCAGCCGUCCUGGGGCAUCUGCGGGACAGGGUUGGUUUGAUGUCUUUGCCUCCGACCCAGCUUGGACUCUGGAGGGACACAGUCUUUCGGAAGGCUCUCUCUCUUCCUUGGUGUGACCGAGGGCUUCCCAUCCCAUUCCCACCUGCACUGUAUCACAAAUGUAUUAUAAGCUGUUUCUCAUGUUGA